AUUAUAAAGAAAGGUAGCGCCAUUGUUGCGAUGUUGUUUUCGUUUGUAUACCUAUAUGAUAGGGCAUAGGCUAGAAGUUUUGGUGUUUAAUGGAUAUCAUAGCAACAAUAACGAAGUUCAUGAAGAAUCUAUUAAUAAAUUUUUUGCGCGUUUUUUUUGCAUACGAAUGUGUGAUACUUCUUAAUAGUUCUUGUAUACUUGUAUUUUAAUCAGGGGAUGGCUUCUAUGCCAUACAUAGCUGUUGGUGUUGGUGGGUUAACCAUUGCUUGUUUUGGUGUUUAUCAUUAUGGGAAGCAUUAUUCGUCAACUACAGCGUUCCAUAUAAAAGAUAAUGACCCAGAUUUAAGAAAAGUGGAAAAAGAUGUGAUGGUUCCAAAGUACAUGAGAGAGCUAUCACAUAAAGUUGAUUGUGCUCAACAAGUUGAAAACUUUAAUAACUGUUGUAAAAACACUGGGUCUGGAAAAUGGAAAGGAUUUAAAAUUGUAUCUGCCUGUAGGGCAGAGAACAAUGCUAUGAUGGAAUGCAUGAAUGAAAAGUUUCUAGAUCCAGAGUUUUAUGAGAAAUGCAAACAAUUAUAUUUAUCAGAUAAAAGAUUGUUUAAGAUGACUGGUGUCUCUGUCAAGGAACGGAAAUAUAUAAAACAUGCAAUCGUAAAUGGAGAACAAUUGGAUAUUAAUAUGUCUGAACGUGCGUUAAAAUAUUAUGAUUCUCUAAAAGAUAUUUUUGAAAAGACUAAAGACAUCGACCAUCUAGAUCAAAUGAUUUUGUCAAGUUAAAUUACUGAUGCUUCGCAGCAUAAUGGAUAUUUACUUUCCACUUCUGGUUUAAAAUUUUCAAAACAUUGAUUAUAAACUUUUUUAAGUUUAAUAAAAGAAGAACAGUUCCAAAUAUAUAUAUUUGUCUUUUGCUACGAAAUUUUUAUUUUCUGAUGCUGAAAUGUGGUAAAGUAAUCAAUUUACUAGUUCUAUGAAGUUCAUAGUUUAAUAAAUGUCCCUGAUAUUAA